GACGCGCUCGAACUAACACCACGCGACAGGGAUUGACAAGAUGGCGAACAUUUUAGAAACAGAGGAGUAACAACCGUGAAGGGGAGCCUCGAAACCACAGCCAUGUCCUGGGAUGUUCCCAUUUCUCCGCUCACUGUGGUUACCAUGGUAAUAUGAGGCUAGUUUGAAAGAGACACACGCACUCUCUGCCUCGUACGCGAACCCGCAGUCAGGCGUUGACUGUCGCAGGCAGAGUGCUCAGCCGGCCGGCAGGCCUGUGUGAUGGACAGGUGUAAACACGUGGGGCGGCUGCGCCUGGCCCCAGACCACUCCAUACUCAACCCCCAGAAGUGGCACUGCGUGGACUGCAACACCACCGAGUCUAUUUGGGCCUGCCUGGGCUGCGCGCAUGUGGCGUGCGGCCGCUACAUCGAGGAGCAUGCUCUUCAGCACUUCCAGCAGCAGCGCCACCCGCUGGCGAUGGAGGUUAACGAGCUGUAUGUGUUUUGCUACUUGUGCGACGACUAUGUGCUGAACGAUAACGCUACUGGGGAUCUGAAGCUACUCCGCAGCACCCUCAGCGCCAUCCAGAGCCAGCGCUAUGAAGUCACAACGCGCAGCGGGCGAACCCUGCGCUCGGCUAGCUUCGGAUCGGACGCGCUCAUACCAUGCGGCGCCAGCGAGCUGCAGCUGAGAGACGAGGACCGAAUGUUUACCGCCCUCUGGCAUCGCCGCCGGGCCCUCAUCGGACGCAUCUUCCGCCUCUGGUUUGGUUUAACCGAUUGUGGGAAGAGAAGAGAGGAAGAGGAGAGGAGGAGGGAGGUAGAGGAGGAGCAGAAACGGGAGGCCAGGGAGAGGCGACGUGCUCUGAAACGGCAGCUGCAGGAGGUACUGGAGAACGUUCCGAUCAGAAAGAGCCGUCGUCUGCGUCGGAAGAGCCAGAGAGUCGUGGAUGCGACAAUCGUGCCGACUGUUCAAAAAGAUCGCAAGAAGAGAAAAAGCCAAACGGCCUCAUCUCAUUCUCGCAGGUCACGGACUCGAAGUCCUUCUGCUGCUGCGCCUAAGAAAGUGAGUCGGACGAAAAAGUCCCCUCCAUGUCCCAAAUCCCACAGACGUUCCUCUAACCCCAAAUCUAAGCCCAGAACUACGCCAUCCUUGUCCCGCAGCGCCCAGACGCCAGUCCGCCGCCGGCAGAGGAGCAAGCAGGAAGGCUCGCCUUUCAAACGGCGUCCCACCGUUACUCCCGGCGUGACGGGUCUGAGGAAUCUGGGGAACACCUGCUACAUGAACUCCAUCCUGCAGGUUUUAAGCCAUCUGCACGUUUUCAGGGAGUGCUUUCUCCGCCUGGACCUGACCCAGGCGCUGGAGCUGCUGGCGUCUGCCGUCCACGGCCAGCUGACGGUGAAAACCACAACGCAGUUCCCCCUGUCUCAGAGAAAGGGGCUCCAGUCGACGUCGGGGCUGAGCGGCGGGGCGUCGCGCGGCCGCAGCAUGGAGCUAAUCCAACCCAAAGAGCCCAGCUCCAAGCACAUCUCCCUCUGCCACGAGCUGCACACCCUGUUCCAGGUCAUGUGGUCCGGCAAGUGGGCGCUGGUCUCGCCUUUUGCCAUGUUGCACUCGGUGUGGCAGCUGAUCCCCGCGUUCAGGGGCUACGCCCAGCAGGAUGCGCAGGAGUUCCUGUGCGAACUGCUGGACAAGGUGCAGCAGGAGCUGGAGAGCACCGGGAAGCACACCAACACGACCGGAGUCCCACAGAAACGCCUCAUCAAGCAGGUUCUGAGCGUCGUCAACACCAUAUUCCACGGCCAGCUUCUCAGCCAGGGCUCUGUAGAGGAUGUGUAUGUGGAAGAAGAUAAGCAAUGCCUCCUUGUAGCAUGGGCACACACUGAGACACCUGCUCUAGCUGGACAGAAGGCCAAGUGUCUUCAGCUACUCUCUACUCUGACUGCUCACCAUAACCCCGACUCAAGACUGCAUGACAAAGAGGGAAGCUCCACUCAUCCCGACUCAUCUAUGCAGGUGACGUGCCUGGCCUGCAGCCAUCGCUCCAACACUGUGGAGCCUUUCUGGGAUUUGUCUCUGGAGUUCCCCGAGCGUUACCAUAGAAACAGCAGGGAGUCGGCCACGCAGGCGCCGUGCCACCUGACCGAGAUGCUGGCCAAGUUUACAGAAACAGAAGCGCUGGAGGGAAACAUUUAUGCUUGCGAUCAGUGCAACGCAGCCCGACGACGCACAUGCUCCAAAACAGUCAUCUUGACCGAAGCAAAGAAACAGCUGAUGGUCUUUAAACUGCCUCAGGUCCUCAGGCUUCACCUCAAACGCUUCAGGUGGUCCGGGCGGAACCACCGGGAGAAGAUCGGAGUCCACGUCAGCUUCGACCAGCUCCUCAACAUGGAGUCCUACUGCAGCCCCAGCGCCGCAGGGUCUCCGCGCCCCAAGCACUUCCUCUACGAGCUCUCUGCUGUCGUGAUGCAUCAUGGGAAGGGAUUUGGGUCAGGCCACUACACUGCCUACUGCUACAACACAGAAGGAGGCUUCUGGGUUCACUGUAAUGACUCUAAGCUGAAUGUGUGCUCAGUGGACGAGGUUUGUCGGGCUCAGGCCUACAUCCUCUUCUACACACAGCGAGUAACUCAGGACAAAGACCGGCCACUAUAGAAUCAGGACCUCUCUCCUGAACUUUGACCUCCACUGUAUCCCGGCCCAACCUGUCGCUCCUUUUCCAGUAUUUCUUCUAAAACCUGGGAUCAUGGGACUUUUUUUUUUUUUUGUCUGUAUUUCUAAGUUAGGAAAAAUAAGAGGAAGGACUCCUUUUGUAAAAACCAAGUUCUGCUUUGUGAACUUGUUGUAAAUGGUGUUUAUAUAUGUAGGUAUUUUAAAAGAAAAUGCUGAUGUGAUUUAUGUAAAUUUGUAUUUUAUUAAGAAGAGAGUAUCAGCCAAGGUUUGUCUCUGGCAGGGAGAGUUCUCAUCUGCCCGCUUGUUGAUUGUAAAUGUUUGUCUGUUUAGCAGCUGAAAUGUUUCUCAGUCACUUUAGAUUGUUGAAGUGGAUGUAGGUUAACAUGUCAGUCACUCAAGAUGGCAUUCGGGUCAUUUUCCUGACAGAAAUGCACUAGUUUAUACAGUUUUUAACUUCUUUUUGUACUCAAAUUACGGUUGUUUCAAAAAAAAAAAAUAUGGAAACCUACAGGACAGGACGUUUGGGUUUGAAUAAAUAUUCAACAUGGUGGAAACUUUCCCAAGGGAUGACCUGUAGCAUUGUGCUGCCACCUUUCUGCUCCAGAAUGUAACUGCUUUAACAGAAACAUCCCCAAGCAGACAAUAAUAGAAAAAGUGCCCUUUUGUCUCAAAGUAUUUUUAUAGUUCUUAUCAAUUCAGCAGCACUGCGAUCCAUAAAAACCAGCAUUUAGUCUAUGAAUGUAUUUUUAUACAAUCUUCAGUGGUUUUACGAACUCGACCAUCAAAUGUUAAAUUUUUUUAUGAUCCAUUGUUCAACACCAGCAUCUGUUUUUAUAAAGAUUUUACUGUAUGAAUCUGUUCAUUAGAGAAGAAUCACAGCACACUUGGUUUUCCUUUCACUGUUGAAUGGUCGGUUUCUGGCAUUUUGGUUACUACUUCACGGUGUGUUUGUGUGUGUGUGUAAAUUUUAUGGAAGUUAUGCUAUGCAAAUUGUUACCUCAAUUUUUAUGUCUAGAAAAAAUUACCUCAAUAAAUGAGAUUAUUUUUUCAUUUUUCUACAAA